AUGAUCACGGAUUCCCCUCAGCUUCCACUGCUCGGUCGUCCCAGCACGAAGGAUAACGACGCAUACCAGGUCGGAGUCACACUUCCUGAGGCCGACCGAGAAGAUCUCCGCAAGCUGAACACAAAAGCCGAAGUGCGCACUUGGACACUCCUAAAGGCGGAAGAACACGAGCGGCUUAUGCUCGUCUACCGCAGCAUGCACAACGCCACCGUUCUCUGUGGCACCCUCCCUACCGAGCUCCUCUCCCUCAUCUUCGUCUUCGCAACCGCCACAACCUGGUUGGGAACGAGAAGUCGCGUGGCACUGCGGCUGUUGUGCGUCUGUCGCCGCUGGCGCGAGGUUGCGCUGGGAUGCUCCGAGAUCUGGGCCAACACGCUUGACACUGGGACGUUCCACAUGGGCGAAAUCGGUGUUAACAACGCGGACACCGACGACGAAGGUGAAGACGGAUUCGGAAACGAGGAGGAUGAUGAAAAACAGGCAACCUGGGAAGAGAAGAACGGGAGACGUCAGGAGUAUGAAUACUUCCUCUUCGCCCUCAAGCUUUCCGCCUCGCGCCAGCUUGCAUUACACAUCUCGAGCUUUCCCCAGCAUUUUCUGAGCGUCACCCUUCCAGAACACACCUCCAGAAUCUCCAGAAUGACAAUCAAGAUCACGAGCGAAGACGUCUUCGAGCAGCUGUACCAAAUCCUCAAGAGCGGGAUGCCUCUGAGUGCCACACGAUAG